AUGAAGACUGGAGGUUCGCUGGACAGAAGACGGCGGCGGCUGUCUGUUUCAGUACGGGCGGUGACGGCAACCGCUAGGUUUCGUCGUCGUCGGCAGCUAGGGUUUAGGCGACAUUCCGGCGACGCAAGGACGCGACUUCAAAAUCUCAACCAAUUUCUCGCUGGAACCAUGUCAACACCAAAUACCAAAUACCAUUGGGCUAUAAGCCCUUUGUCAGGGAGAUGGAGGCAGGCUUUGACAGAAGCAGCCAGCAGUGCAGAUGGGAAUGCGGUUGAGUUCAUCGAAAACAUUGUUAAAGAGAUUUGGCUCAACUUACGUUCCAUUAAUGGGAACAUCAAUAGCAAAUCGAUAGACAUGGGGCCCCAGAUAGAUGAAAUUUUAUCAUUUUCUGGACGCAGGGAUGGUGAUGUUUGCAUGAUAGGGAUCACAGGGAGGGAAGGUAUUGGGAAGACAACCUUGGCUACAGCUAUUUGUGAUAGAGAAUCUUCUCAUUUUGAAGGUACAAGCUUUGUGGCAAAUGUUAGGGAAAUUUCAGAACCCUCUCUGUCCGGUUUGAUGUCGUUGCAAAAAAAAAUCCUAUCGGAUGUCUUGGUUGAUGAAGACAUCAUCAUAAGUAGUGUUUCCGAGGGGAAGAACACGAUUAAAGAGAAGUUGGGUCAUCAAAAGGUUCUUGUUGUUCUAGAUGAUGUGGAUCGCAUAGAACAGCUUCAAGCAUUAGCGGGUGCACCUAAUUGGUUUGGUAAAGGAAGUAUGAUAAUCAUUUCCGCAAGAGAUGAGAAAAUACUGCUACAGCACGGAGUUGAACAUAUUCAUCUUGUCCCUGCAUUACCAGAAGAGGAAGCAAUUCAUCUCUUCAGUUGGUUUGCAUUUGGGGGAGAUAAUCCAGUUAAAGGGUACAAACAGCUAUCACUUGAAGUUGUAGAUUGUGCUGCUGGUCUCCCCUUAGCAAUCAAACUUUUGGGUUCGUUUCUUCGUGAUAAAAACGAGAGUGAAUGGAGAGAUGUGCUAAAAUAUCUUAAACUAAUUUCUUUCGAUAAAAUACUAGAAUGUUUUGAGCUAUGUCAGAAUAUAUUAGAAUCAAGCUAUAACAGCUUGGAGGAUGUUAACAAGGACAUAUUCCUAGAUGUUGCAUGCUUCAUGAAGGGGUUGCUGGAAAAUGAUGCAAUUAGAAUUCUUGAAAGCUGUAGACUUAGUGUUACAGAUGGUUUAAGAGUUCUUGAAAGAAAAUCUCUCCUAACUGUUUCACAUGAUCACCGCUUGGGCAUGGAUACUUAUAUAGAAUGCAUGGGCAGAAAUAUCGUUCGCCGUUUGCACCCCUAUCAGCCCAACCAACAUAGCCGAUUGUGGAUUCGGAAGGAAAUUGAAGAUGUAUUGGCUAAUGACCUGGGUACUGAAGCGACAAGAUGUAUACUACUGUCGGAACUGCAACUCAGUCAUCACGUUAUUAUGGAAGGUGUUGGACGCAUGGACGAACUUAGAUGUCUUAUCGUGGAAUCUGAAAAUGAGAAUGAUGAUCUUUCCGGUGAUUGGGAGUUUGAUGAAGUUAGACAAUACCUUCCAAAUGCAUUACGAUUUCUGAGAUGGGUUUGUUACCCUUUCCUGUCUUUACCCGUAACAUUCCACGCAAGUAAUCUUGUUACACUUGAACUGCCUGGCAGCAGAAUCACACAACUUUGGGAAGACGGAGAAAUAAGGGUUCUGAACAAUCUUCGAUUCCUUGACCUUAGUCGCUCAAUGUUGACGACCCUUGACCUUCAGCUGACUCCGCGGCUUGAGUGGUUAGAGCUCAAAGAAUGUCAUGAUUUGGUGGUUCUUCUCACGCCAGUUGGAAGCCCAACAAGGCUUUUCCACUUAGACUUAAUCGGUUGUUCAAGCUUUGAUGCUUUUUCUUAUAUCAAACGGUUGGAAUCACUGAAGCUUCUUUCUUUAUCUAAGUUACACGUGACAGCCAAGUCCCUACAGAAAUUCUCAAGGCGCACCAAUAUCCCAACGCUUGAGUUUACAUGUUCUUAUACCGAAGAAGUACCCUCAUCAAGUAGAGAAGGUCUGAAGUUUGUUUCUCUAAAUCUUCAGCCUCGCACAAAACUUGAGAGUGUUUCAAGAAGCAUUUGUGGUUUAGAACACCUGAGGCACCUUACAUUGGAGGGCUGUAUUCCAGAGGUGCCCAACGACCUUGGCCAGUUACAAUGCUUAGAGACGCUUAAUUUGUUGUAUACACUGAUUAAAUGUCUUCCGGAUAGCAUUUGUAUGUUAAAACAUCUGAAAUCUCUCAAAGUUAAAUCCUGUUUGCUUCUUGAAGAGUUACCCAAGGAUCUUGGCCAAUUAGAAUGUUUGGAGAAGCUAAGUUUGCUGUCUACGGGUAUCAGACGUCUUCCAGAUAGCAUCUGUAUAUUGAAACGUUUGAGAUCUCUCAAAGUUAAAUCUUGUUUGCUUCUUGAGGAGGUACCCAAGGAUAUUGGCCAAUUAGUAUGUUUAGAGAAGCUUAACUUUUUGUCUGCGAGUAUUAAAUGUCUUCCGGAUAGCAUUUGCAUGUUGGAAUGUCUGAAAUCUCUCAAACUUGAACUUUGUGGGUCCCUUGAGAGGUUACCGAAGGAUCUUGGCAAAUUAAAUUGUUUAGAGAGGCUAAUCCUAACAGAGUGUACGUCUUUGAAAUAUAUUCCAAACAGCAUCUGUAAGAUUAGUAAUCUGAAAUGGUUUCAUCUCCCCUUUUGUGAUCAAGUUAAGGAAUUGCCUGUUCAACUUGGACAUUUACAAUGUUUAAGUGAGCUAAACGUAAAAGGUACAGGCAUAAGUCAUCUUCCGCUGAGCAUUUCUUUAGUGGAAGAUCUGCGUAUUAUUGGAUCUGUGGCUGUUCUUCAGACAUGUGAAUUUAUAUCCGAGAUACAAACCUCAGAAGAAGCACUCAGGGCCAAUGGAGUGGAUUUACUAAAUAGUUAGGAGUGCAAAAGACAUGAAAGCAAGCAUCAUACAACUGCGUCCACAUAAAAACUAUCUGGUUUUAUAUCAUUUCUUGUAAUCGACUAAUGUUGGCCUGAAUAUUUUGAGUUUCUAUAGUAUUAUGCUUUUUUUUUUCUUUGUGCUAAUGAUGCUCCUAAACCAUAAUUAUGCAUUGAAGUAUGCUGCUGAGGUAUUGCACCUUUACAGAAAAGUACGGAAUUCUAGCUGUGU